AGUUUCCUGUGUGACCACUGAUCCAUUAGUGUGAUGGGCUACCUGUAGUAGUAGACGUCGCUCUUUCCGGCGCUCAGUCCGGACUUCCUGAUCACUUCUUCUUUCUUCCAGCCGGGCGGCAGAGCGGGACAGUCCGUCCGCUUCCUCUCCAUCAUGGCACAGCAUCUUCCGGAAGUGACUGCAGCUAACGGUGAGCUAGCUUUACCCGGGAGCCUUUGAAUUGUUUCUGGAGCCGCAGUGAGUGUACGCAGAGGGUUGGGCAGGGCGUACAGUGAAAAGGAGGACUUUUGGAGCAAAAAUCAUGGAGUGCGGCGGCCUGUGGGGUGACUCUCUGUCUCCAGAGUCCACCGUGACCUCCCUGCUGUCCAAGUCAGGUCACCUGAGGAGCAGCCUGCGACCUCCUCAGCACAGCUCCACCUUCAGAUACAAAGACAAGGAGUAUGACUCGGCGUCGGCGACGCUGGACGCUUACAUCGCAGACUUUGAGAGGAGUCGUGAGAGCAGCGAGUCGUCGUUGACGGGGAAGCUGCUUCUGCCGCACAGCCCACCCUCCACGCCGUGCAGGCACAGAGUGGGCACGCUCAGAAACAAAGACGUUCUCAGAGAGCGUUUGACCGACAGGGAGCUGGACUUCCUGAAUCUCCCUGUCAGCGUCCUCCAUCACCGCGCUUACCGGGACAGACUCUCUAUGACAACAGAUGAACUGCUGUCCAUCCCCUAUGAUGGCUCAAUGCCCGUCACCCACACCACCGCCUUAAUCCAAGACUUCCUGUCCCGGUCUGCAGCCUCCCAGCCCUGCCCCUCGUCCUCCUCCAGACUCCUCCACCAUCACUCGCUUCCACACAGGACGUCCAGGAGCGCCAGGUGCAGAGACAGACCGAGGGCCACCGCAUUUAAUCCAGGCCUUCACAGCGACAGUUUUAAGAGAUCAGAGCAGGCGCCACCGUCCUCGUCGCUCCACCUCCCUCGCUGGUUCACCAGUAAUAAGGCUGAUAUGGACUGUUCAGGAAUCACCAGCGUGCCUGAUCUGAAGUAUCCAGCCUGGCUGCAGAGGUGUGACCUCAGCGAGCCGCCGCCUCCACAGUCAGAGCUGUGGGACGACCACGAUGUUCUUCCACCUGGAGCUCCCAGAACCACAGCUCCAUCCUGGGUAGCAGACAUGGAGAAAGAUGAAGAGGCUGACCAGACACCUGCACAGGCUGGCAGUCAGCAGACACUCAGAGACCUGAGGCUUCAGUUUGCUGAACAGAUUUCUUUGCUCACUGCAGAGAGGAAGAGCUCUGACGUUGUGAUGAACAUGUACCAAGACAACAGGAUCGAGUCUCUGAUCCAGAAGGCCGAUCAGGUGUUGAACUCUCUGUCUCAGAGUUCUGGACAAGCAGAGUGUCCUGCAGAUCCAGUGAGUCCUGUGAACACUGAGGAGCUGCUGCACCAUUCGCCCUCACACUGUCCUCUAGACUCAGCAGCAGGAGGCUUCACAGAGGAGCUGACUAACACAGGAGCAGAGGGUUGGAGUCAUGAAAACAGCAUCUGGAAGCAGCCUGGUCCGGUGGAGGCUCUGAAGCAGAUGCUGUUCAGACUACAGGCUGUGGAGGCGGAGCUUCAGCGACAACAACAGGGCACACCAGCAGCUUUCGCUUUCUCCGAGCAGCAGCAGAUGCCAGCAAAACAGUGGCCUGGUGAUGACGCAGAGCUGCAGGAGCUCCAGAGCUUUCCUGGUAGACCAUCACUGGAGAGAGCUCUGCAUCACCUGAACCGCCUGAAGAUGCUGGUGGAAGAACCCAGAGAGAAAAGCAGAGAGGAAGAGAAGGACGACGACGAGGGGCGCUACUCCUCCUCAUCUGCCGACAGACUCGUCUGCUCUCAGCAGGAACCCUCCGGAAACUGAGAGCCACCUACAGUAUCUGCUCUGUAUUUAUACAUUUUAUAUGAGAGAGUGCAGUUAUUUUAAACACUAAUACAACCCUGAUAUUAAAGCAGACUCUGGAUUUAGAGUCAGGAAGUGUCUUGACACUGAAAUGAAACUGAUAAAGACUCUGAGGAGGAGUCAGAGCACAGUGUUGAUUUAAAGAGGAGGAUGAAAUUGUGAAGGACAAACUCAGAGAGAAAACACGUCACAUCUUUUAUUCUGAAUGUGCCAGGAUGGAUGGAUG